AAACGGAGGCCUGAAAGGAAAAGAGCUGCAUAAAAACACUUGCGGAAGUAAAUACCGGGCACAUAAAUGUGUUAUCGAAGGGCAAGUUUCAGUUGUCUCUUCCACCCAAAUCUGGGAAAGGCAUUUUUUUAAUGACUUCCAUGCAUCUGCCAGGACCUGGCUCCCAAGCCACGACGGAAACUCCUACUUUUUAACUUGAGGUUUUGAUCACGCGAUAGCGAGCCAGAGCGAGCGAGAGCGAACCGGUCUUGAUGAAGCCUGGAGGACCAAUCACAGCGACCGGGAGGCUGGAAAAUGGAGGCUAAAGGUCGGGCGGAAGUUCUUUAAGCUUCCGGUGGCCGGCUAGCGUUUGGACUAUGGCUAAACAUCAUCCGGAUUUGAUCUUUUGCCGCAAGCAGGCUGGUGUUGCCAUCGGAAGACUGUGUGAAAAAUGUGAUGGCAAAUGUGUGAUCUGUGACUCCUACGUGCGUCCCUGCACGCUGGUGCGCAUCUGCGAUGAGUGUAAUUAUGGCUCUUACCAGGGGCGCUGUGUGAUCUGUGGAGGCCCUGGAGUCUCUGAUGCCUAUUAUUGUAAGGAGUGCACCAUCCAGGAGAAGGAUGCCAAGAGAACAAUACAACUAAUGAGUUAAGAACACCUGUGAUAGGGGCGCCUGGGUGGCUCAGUCGUUAAGCGUCUGCCUUCGGCUCAGGUCAUGAUCCCAGCAUCCUGGGAUCGAGCCCCGCGUCCUGGGAUCGAGCCCCGCAUCAGGCUCCCUGCUCCGCGGGAAGCCUGCUUCUCCCUCUCCCACUCCCCCUGCUUGUGUUCCUUCUCUCCCUGUGUCUCUCUCUGUCAAAUAAAUAAAUAAAAUCUUAAAAAAAAAAAAAAAGAACACCUGUGAUAAAGUGAAUGGUCUUGAAGUUCACGCUUGAUCUUAGCCAAAAGGCCGAGAAGCGAUUGGUCUUGAAGUUCAAAUCCUUAAUUGUCUAUUUUGGAAUUUCAAGUUCAGUCCUCUUCAAUUUUAAAAAUUAGGUUAAUAAUAGUACCAAAUUCUCCGCUGUUGGGAAAACAUAACUUACAAACUGAAUUUUAACCUCUAACACUAUACAAUUCUGUGGCAAGAAUUAGAAAAUGAUCUCAGCCAACUGUAUAUGUCUACAAAAAAUCAGAAUGGUCUUAAAAAUUUUAAGUGUUGGGGCGCCUGGGUGGCUCAGUCGUUGGCUGUCUGCCUUCGGCUCAGGUCAUGGUCCCAGGGUCCCAGGGUCCCGGGGUCCUGGGAUCGAGCCCCACGUCGGGCUCCCUGCUCUGCGGGGAGCUUGCUUCUCCCUCUCCCACUCCCCCUGCUUGUGUUCCCUCUCUCGCUGUGUAUCUCUCUGUCAAAUAAAUAAAAUCUUUAAAAAAAUU